AACUACCCUCGUUCAUUCCAAAAGCUUCUUUUAUUUCGUUCAGCUCUGGUGAUUUUUCCAUUUUCCCUCCAAUUUUCUCUUCUCGUUCUCCAAGCUGAUCCCUUCCAUUUUCACUUCCAUUUUCUUCCGAAACAAGUUGAAUUCACUGGAAUUUAUUCAUCGAUCACCAUUAUGGCUUCAACAUCUAAAAGAGUAGCUCGAGAAGAUGAGGAGAUGUUGCUUCCACGUUCUAAUUUGGCCGGUGAAGGUCCUCAGCGCAGCGAUGCACCAAUAGUAACAGGAAAUGAUGGGGAUCCCCAAACAUUCAGGUUUACUUGUAAGGUAGAGAACUUCUCUAGGUUGAAUGUAAAGAAGCUGUACUCUGACGAUUUUUCUGUCGGAGGCUAUAAAUGGCGGAUUAUAAUUUUCCCCAAGGGCAACAAUGUUGAUUGCUUGUCUAUGUAUCUGGAUGCUGCUGAUUCAGCUGCUUUACCUUAUGGGUGGAGUAGAUAUGCCCGGUUCAGUUUGUCAGUAGUUAAUCAAAUUCAGCACAAGUACUCAAUCAGAAAAGAGACACGACACCAAUUCAAUGCUAGGGAAAGUGAUUGGGGUUUCACACGCUUUAUGUCACUUGCUGAGCUAUACAAUCAAUAUAAGGGUUAUCUUGUUGAUGAUGUGUGCACCAUUGAAGCUGAGGUUGCUGUGGGAAAAACUGUUGAGUAUUUGCCGUGCGACUCUAAAAAAGGAACUGAUUUUGUUGGAAUCAAGAAUCAAGGAGCUACAUGUUAUUUGAACUCUCUGCUCCAAACUUUCUACCAUAUUCCUUAUUUCAGGAAGGCUGUAUACCAAAUCCCUACAACUGAGAAUGAUAUGCCGCAUGUGUCUGCGAGCAUGCCCCUGGCCUUGCAAAAUUUAUUCUACAAGCUCCAAUUCGGUGACAACAUUGUAGCAACAAGGGAGUUGACAAGGUCAUUUGGAUGGGACUCUCAAGAUUCUUUCUUGCAGCAUGAUGUGGAAGAACUCAAUAGAGUUCUAUGUGAAAAGCUUGAGGGAAAGAUGAAGGGAACCAUUGUGGAGGGUACCAUACAACAGUUAUUUGAAGGGCACAAUAUGAGCUACAUUGAGUGUAUCAAUGUGGAAUACAAAUCUAUGAAAAAGGAUUCAUUUUAUGAUCUUCAGCUUGUUGUCAAAGGUUGUUCUGAUGUUUAUGCUUCUUUUGAUAAAUAUGUUGAAGUUGAUUGUCUUGACGGUGAUAACAAAUAUGAAGCAGAGCAAUAUGGUUUGCAGGAUGCAAGGAAGGGUGUGUUGUUUAUUGAUUUCCCCCCGGUCCUGCAGCUUCAUUUAAAGCGCUUUGAAUAUGAUUCUAUGCGAGACAGAAUGAUAAAGAUAAAUGACCGAUAUGAGUUCCCUUUGCAACUUGAUCUGGACAGAGAGAAUGGUAAAUACUUGUCUCCCGAGGCUGAUAAAACUGUCAGAAACCUUUACACACUUCACAGUGUAUUAGUCCAUAAGGGUAGUGGGCAAGCUGGACACUAUUAUGCUUUAAUACGGCCAACUCUUUCAAACCAAUGGUAUAAAUUUGAUGAUGAAAGAGUGACUAAGGAAGAUGCAGAAGGGUUAUUAGAAGAGCAAUAUGGCGGUCUAGGGGAGCGUAAAUGUAUGAAGACCUCAAAUGCUUACAUGCUGGUCUAUAUACGAGAAAGUGAUAAAGAGAAAGUAAUGUGUACUGUUGAUCAGAAGGACAUAGGUGAACACCUGAGGGCAAGGUUGAAAAGAGAACAAGAGGAUAAAGAGCAGAAGAAUAAGGAAAGAUCAGAGGCACAACUUUACACAAUUAUAAAGGUUGCUGGUGAUGAAGAUAUGCGACGGCAGAUUGGAGAGGAUAUAUAUUUUGAUUUGGUGGAUCAUGAGAAAGUUAAGAGCUUCCGCAUUCAAAGACAGACACUUUUUAGUGUUUUCAAGGAGGAGAUCACAAAAGAGUUUGGUAUACCAGUGCAAUUUCAACGUUAUUGGCUCUGGGCAAGGCGUCAGAAUCACACGUAUCGUCCUAAUCGGCUAUUGACACAUCUUGAAGAAGCUCAAACUGUUGGACAAUUGAGGGAAGUAUCCAGUAAGGUUCACAAUCCAGAGCUAAAAUUGUUUCUGGAAAUAGAAUUGGGACCGGAACUAAUGCCCCUCUCUCCACCGGAAAAGGCCAAAGAUGAUAUUCUGCUUUUUUUCAAGCUUUACGAUCCUGAGAAAGAAGAUAUACGGUAUGUUGGAAGACUCUUUGCGAAGGGAGUCAGUAAUCCCACUGAAAUCUUGAGCAAACUAAAUGAAAUGGCUGGCUAUGCCCCAGAUCAAGAGAUUGAGCUUUAUGAGGAAAUAAAGUUCGAACCAAAUGUCAUGUGUGAAAACAUUGACAAGAACUCCACUUUUCGAUCAAGCCAGCUUGAGGAUGGUGACAUAGUAUGCUUCCAAAAAUCUCUAACGGCUGAAAGUCGACAAAAAUUCCGUUAUCCUGAUGUUCCUUCCUUCCUGGAGUAUGUUCACAAUCGCCAGGUCGUUCACUUCCGAUCUUUAGAUAAACCCAAGGAGCGGGGUUUCUGGUUAGAGCUGUCUUUGAUCAAUACAUAUGAUGAAAUUGUGGGAAGAAUAGCUCAACAACUCGAGUUGGAUGAUCCCUCCAAAAUUAGGCUCACAUCCCACAACUGCUACUCUCAGCAACCUAAACCUCAACCAAUAAAUUACCGAGGUUUCGACAACCUUGUAGAUAUGCUGGUCCACUACAAUAAGACUUCUGAUAUAUUGUACUAUGAAGUACUGGACAUCCCUUUGCCAGAAUUGCAAAGUUUGAAACCCUUAAAAGUAGUUUUUCAUCAUGCUACCAAAGAUGAAGUGGUCAUUCACACGUUCAGACUACCAAAACAAAGUACUGUGGAUGAUGUAAUUAAAAAUUUAAAGACAAAGGUUGAGUUGUCGCAUUCAAAUGCAGAGCUAAGAUUACUAGAGGUAUUUUACCAUAAGAUUUACAAGAUAUUGCCAACUACAGAGAAGAUAGAAAACAUAAAUGACCAGUACUGGACACUACGGGCCGAAGAGAUACCUGAAGAAGAGAAAAAUCUUGGCCCACAUGAUUGUUUGGCUCAUGUAUGCCACUUUAAGAAGGAGGCAGCACAAAAUCAAAUGAAAAUUCAAAAUUUUGGGGAACCUUUCCUCUUGAUUAUCCACGAGAAUGAGACAUUAGCUGAACUUAAGUUGCGUAUACAGAAGAAAUUGCAGGUCCCAGAUGAAGAGUUUGCUAAGUGGAAAUUUGCAUUCCUCUCUCUUGAUCGUCUUGAGUACCUUGAGGACAUGGACAUCUUGUCGAGUCGUUUACAGCGAAGGGAUGUCUCUGGUGUUUACGAGCAGUAUCUUGGAUUGGAGCAUUCUGACGGUGCUCCUAAAAGGACUCAUGCAGCACAUCAGAAUCGCCACUCGCAUGAGAAAUCUGUGAAAAUAUACAACUAGUAACACAGCAGAAAUGAAGAUUAAAUUCCACUAAUAAUCAUUGCACUGGUCGCCAAGGCCCAAGCAUAUAAAGUCAGUAGCAGCAGAGCUACUUGUUUGCUAAAUACAUGUUGAGUCUGUACAGGUUUGAUUCUUGUUCCAGGAGCAUCUGUUUCUGAUAUGGAUGUGAAGUGUGGUUCAGAUGCAGCAUCCAUAUCCUACUGAUUAAUCUCGUAUGCGAACUAUUACUAACUCCUCUGUUCACUGCUAGUGUAAGUCGCACGAAUGUGCAAAAUUUUGAACAAGCGAAUGUGUACAUCAUAUAUAGUGUUUUGAUU